GGAUGUCAGUCGCCUUUCGAAGAACACUCGGUCUAGCACGGUUGUAGUGAGGCCCGAGUCCGAGAUGUGAUUAUGCCACUCGGCUCCGAGUGAAAGCCUUGACAAUGUUACUGUUUGUUGUUACCGGUUUAUUGGCGUUAUUAGUGAACAAUGUCGAUGGCUACGGUGCCGACUUCGACAAGUGCUGCGGCAAGGACCAGUACAUGGUCAAGAACGGCACAUACAAGUGCACCAGUGAUGGGCUGAUGGGGAGGUUGCAAUUUGUCAACGACAGGGCUGAUUUUUUGUCCACCAAAAACGGGACCAAAGGAUAUUGCACGGAAGUGAACAGGAAGUCUUCGAAGGAGGAGGAAUUUGCGGUGUUCUCAUCUUUAGGGGAGGACGUAAAUUUGGUCGAGACAAUACCCGAUUAUUUUCCGAAAUGUUGCCCCCACUUUCACCAAUACAACCCGAUUACUCAUGGCUGCGAAAAGACCAACAUCACCUAUAUACAAGCGGGCAAAUUUAUCAAAAUUGGACUACCCUCGUGUGAUUUGAUAGUGGACCACCGUCUGAAUUCCACAGACGAUUUCGUCUUGGAAGAAGAUGACGUGCACGUUAGAAAAGGGAACAAUAGAUUUAUGAAGGGUACCUAUUGUCUGGAUGAAACCACCAUGGACGACUAUGUUCUAAGGGUGUGCGUCGAGGAUGAAAAUAUUUGUACGGAGAGUCGUUGCAUACACAAAUGUUGCCCGGAUGGGCAGAGCUUUAUCGGUGGGAAGAAGUGCAGAAAUACAUACACCCACGGGUUGGAUUUGAGUUUUAAUAGUAAAAUUGCAGAACCAGAAGAACCCUUCUCCAUCCUGCACAACUUCAAAUGUUCCAAAAUAUACAUAAUGAGCCCGAAGAGGUACAUCUUCGACAUCGACGACAUGGGCAACUUCCACUUCUUCUCCAACCUGACCAACUCACUGGAAACCCAAAGCUCCCUAAGAGCCACCUACUGCAUAGAGCACGUGCUCCUGUCCAGCAAGAACGGCUUCGAGUUGUUCAAGUGCUUCGAGGAGUCGAACAUGCUGAAGUUCAAAGUAACCAAAUGGGUUAAAAUUCUGUCUUGUGUAUUUUUGAUUUUGACCAUGAUUGUGUAUUUCUUGUUGAAUGAGGUGAAGAAGGUGUUCGGCAAGAUUUUGGUCAGCUUUUGUUUCUCCAUCUUGAUGACGUUCUGUAUGUUGAUCUACAGCUACGCCGCUGUUGACAAUGGAGUUAGUAAUCUUAGCUGCAGGAUUAUUGGAUAUUUCAACUUGUAUUUGAUAAUAUCAUCCUUUACAUGGCUUAAUAUAUUGUGCAUUGACAUUUGGCUAACAUUUGGUCGAUAUCAGAUAACGGUGGUAUCAAAAGGACCAGUGUGUGAUAAAACAAAAAGAACUCCCAAAUCUAUUAUGGAAAGGAGCCAAAGAAGAAAAGAUCUCAAGAGAUUCUUGUUUUACAGUUUAUAUGGAUGGGGGCUGCCCUUAGCACUGACGUUAUUUGUAUUUGUGUUUAAUAUAUACAGAGUUUUGCCCUACGCAGCCCACCCUUUUAUUGGUCACUUUAAGUGCUUCUUGGAAAGCCACAGAAAGGGCAAUUUUGGAAGCAUCAUAUUUAAGGAUAUUCCGAAUCUCAUACUGGUGGUUGUGAACAUCAUACUAUUUUUCAAAACGAUCUUUUACUGUUUGAAAGUGAAGAACGAAAUCAACAGGAUGAAUGACACAAACGCUUCAGUGAAGCGCAAGACGACUAAAGCGUUUAAUGCUGACAAAGAAAGGUUGUAUCUGGUAAUGAGGCUUUGCCUUAUAAUGGGAUGCAACUUUCUUUUCGAAGUAGUGUCUGCUUUCACCGAUUUUUCGGUCCAUCCGGUCACUACGUAUAUUGAAGUGGUCUGGGACUUCAUAAACUGUUUACAAGGUGUAUUCAUCUUCAUAAUUUUCAUCUGCAAAAAGAAGAUUCUCAUGCAACUUAAAAAGAAGUUCAACAUUAAAAUGGAUGUCAGAAAAAUUUCACGGACGUCCACCACUGAAAUCAGUGAAACAAAUACUUCACCUGUGUUAUCCAGAAAAGCAUAAAUUAGCGUAAAUUACUACUUAUGUGUACCUUAAUGUUAUAAUUUAUUUAAUUGUUAUUUUAUAAUAAAUGUUUAUAAACUUU